UACUAACUAGGAACUAGAGAAUGAAAGAAGCGAGAUGUGAGCGAGUUAAGGUGCAAGUAGCCGAGUAGUCGAGAGCGAGCGGCCUUGUUGUGGUGGCGCGGGGCGGCGUAAUAUUAUACGCGUCUAACUUUAACUCACCUAACAAUAACCUGUUAUUUUGUUUUUGAUAUUUUCAUUGUUAAUCAGAAGCUUUUUCUGUAAAGCAAUAACAAAUAACCUAUUCAUUUAAUCGCUUCAGUUCCAGACCACGCCGAGCCGCGUCAUGGUGAUUUGGCCCACUAUAGCAUCAAUUUUAUUGCCCAACAUCGGCGGCUGGGCCGGCGCCGUCACUAUGUUGGGCCAGGUCAGACAACCUGACGGCAAGGCCUGGUACCAGAUUAUAAAGAAGCCUAGCUGGACGCCCCCUAACUGGGUGUUCGGGCCGGCGUGGACGACAUUGUAUAGCUCUAUGGGUUACGCGUCUUAUAUGGUUUACAAGGACUGCGGGGGGAUCACAGAUGAGGCGGUUCUUCCCCUGGCCUUAUACGGUGGCCAAUUAGUGCUUAACUGGACAUGGACGCCAAUAUUCUUCAGAUUCCACAAACUUGGAUUGGCCUUCAUUCACAUCGUAGCCCUGGACGUGGCUGCAGCAGCAUGCACGGCCAGCUUCUUCUACGUCAACAAGACCACAAUCUAUUUUAUGGCACCAUACCUCGCUUGGUUGACCUUCGCGUCCUGUCUAAACUACACCAUUUGGAAGCUCAACCCCGAGUAUAACACCAAACACGAAUGAGAAUUCAGUGUUUUUAAAACGACAAAUCAACUUGGGGCAUUUUUUUUUUGUAUGCAUAUUUUGUAUUUGUAACGCGAUGACUUUCGAACCGUUGCCCUAAUUUUGACGAAAUUUAAAAGGUAUGUAGGAUCUGUCAAUAUUUUUUUUAAGUUCGUGGGACAACUAAAUCGGUAAAGUGGUUUUUGAAAUAUUCACGAUUUUGUAAAAACUCACCAAAAAGAAUACAAUCUAAUUUACGAUUCUGCACAUCUGUACUCUCAUACAUCUGUCAUCCAAGCGACACGAGACAGCACAGUAGCGUUAUGUAGCGGAAUCGAACAUAGAGUAACGUUUUAUAGAAACACUAAAACUAAAAAAAGGAUUUUUUUGUUACGUUUUGUACAAAAGUCGUAGAACAAAAGAUGUAACUUAUGCGCCUAUGGAAGGUUAUGCGUUAGAUACCAGUAACCUUGUAUACAAACAAAAAAUAUGCUAUAUAUAAGACAUUUUUUUUUGUCGUGAGCUGCAUAUAUGGCAAGCGUGGAUGCCAUUGCCUUGAAAACGUGUAUCUGGCGAUCUUUUUUAAGUAUUUCAAUAUUUAAAAAAAUAGAGCAUUUCUUCAGUUGUUUUAGUGGAUACUCAAUCCAGAACGUGUGUUCAUAAAGAUUAUUUUUAAUUUUUUAUAUCUUAAUAAUUUUGUAUUAUUUAUGGAAUUACUUUUAAUUGAAUUUAUUAAAGCAUAUAGUUUAAGAACGUUUCUCCGUUCACAAAGAGUUACUUAGUAAGUAAGUGUUGAUGUUAUAUUUUGGAAUCAAGUAUAUUAAAAAUGUCACAACCAAAUAUAACAUGGAAUUAUUUUAUGACCAAAUAAUAAAAAUGCAACGUAACAUUAUAUAGAUAAGUUAAAUAAAUGAUUUUAUUGGUUUAUAUCAUUCCAGUAUAUAUUUACUUUACUAACAAAUAUCUCAACUAUAUUUUUAAGUACGUAAACAUUCUUAAACGUGAGGAAACCUGCACACUGGUUGAUUAUUAUUAACUUGUGUGUGAAAUGGAGAAGGCAAUGGCAAACCACUCCAUUAAUAAUGCCAAGAAAGUUGUUAUGUGUGUUUCAUUCCACGUAAUAACCACGACCCUCAGCCACGAGGAAUACGACUAUGAAGAAGAAGAAACAUUCAACAUACCAUUGACUUACACCACCUUCACUCGACAUAAAAACGUUCACUGAAAAGUGAGCUUUAAAUCGUUCAAUGUAGACAUAGUUUAGAUUGACAACAUGAGUAAGCGAGACGGCAAGCAGUCAGAAAAUGUGUUGUCAAUGUAAAUUAUGUCUUUAGCGGACGCUGUAAGGUUCAUAUUUCAUAAUAUGUUCUAGUUAAAUCCAAUGUACAGUUAAAUACAAUGUACAUCGGCAAUAUUCGACGGCGCAGAAUAGCGCGUCCUACCGCCGAAUCAAACCGAAUACAAACUCAAUAAAAUAACGACCAUAUUACUAGGACACAAGUCUUAAAAUCCAAACAAGACAUGGCGCGCUCUGAUUGGCUAAAAUAUUUUCGCGCCGUACAAAAAUUAGACUUCUGCGCAGGUACAUCGGUGUAACUUAUAAAAGUGGUAGACCUAUUACGACUUUAAUAACUAUUUAAAACGUGGAAAUCAAUAAAAAAAAA